AUGAGCAAUAAUAGAUCCAUGAGCAAAACAUGCUGUGGAAAAAAUGAGUCGCGCACAGAUGACGUCAGAUCGGGGUCCUUCGUGAACAAGUGUCCCCACGUGAGUUUCAACAACAGCGAGAGAAUUGUCAAGUACAGAUUGCGCUUCAUCAAACGACAGAUUAAAGCAACAUCUGAAAUAGACACUCAACUUCUAUUAAAGGUUGAUAUUGAUGCAGUGAUCUGA